AUGGUACAGGAUAAGGAUAAAAGCAGAUGUCUCAGAGCUGUUCCCCGUUCCACCCCUGAAGCAGCCAAGAUGAUGUCUCUGCUCUCUCUGCUCCUGCUCGGCAUUGUGCUCCCAGCCACCCAGGCCAUAGAAUUCAGGAAAUGUGAACUGUCCCAGAUAUUUAGGGAACAUGAAGUCGACAGAAAUAUCCCUCUGCCUGAAUUGAUCUGUACCAUCUUCCAUAGCAGUGGCUUUAACACCCAAACUAAGGUUAAUAACAACGGCAACAAAGAAUAUGGAAUAUUCCAGAUCAGAAACAAUGGAUGGUGUGCGGAAAAGCAGGAAGAUGUAGAAAAAAGUGUCUGUGGCAUUCUUUGCUCCAAACUCCUGGAUAAUGACAUUACUGAUGACAUUGUGUGUGCCAAGAAGAUCUUACAGCUACCUGAAAGGCUUGACUACUGGAAGGCCCAUAAAACAUUCUGCCUUGAGAACCUGGACCAGUGGAGGUGCUAG